GCCUUGUUGAACCGACUAUGGAGACGGAGAUAACGGAAGUAAGGACUGGAGCCGGGGCAUUGUGAUGGUGAUUUGCGCCAGUCUGUUGAGUUUUAGUCAGACCCCGUGAAGAAAGUGAGCUGUCAGCUUCUCUAGUCUUACUCGCUAGGAUGGAGACGAAACGGAAAGAAAUGCGCAAGUCUUUAAGGAUCAAAGUAAUCUCCAUGGGUAACGCCGAGGUUGGCAAGAGCUGUGUCAUCAAGCGAUAUUGUGAGAAGAGAUUUGUGCCCAAAUAUCUUGCAACAAUUGGCAUUGAUUAUGGUGUCACCAAAGUGCAAAUUAGAGACCGAGAAAUCAAAGUGAAUAUCUUUGACAUGGCUGGACACUCCUUCUUUUAUGAGGUUCGCAAUGAAUUUUACAAAGACACCCAGGGUGUAAUCCUAGUGUAUGAUGUUGGGCAAAAGGAAUCAUUUGAUGCCCUUGACUUAUGGCUGGCUGAGAUGAAACAAGAACUUGGACCACAUGGAAACAUGGAAAACAUUAUUUUUGUGGUUUGUGCCAAUAAGAUUGAUUGUGGCAAGUUGCGCUGUGUGGAUGAAAGUGAAGGACGAUUGUGGGCAGAAAGCAGAGGAUUUCUUUAUUUUGAAACUUCUGCACAGACUGGAGAGGGAAUUAAUGAGAUGUUCCAGACUUUCUACUCAGCUAUUGUUGAUUUAUGUGAUAAUGGUGGAAAGCGCCCCAUAACCAGCACAAGCAACAGUUUCACUAAGGAGCAAGUAGACACCAUCCGGAAGAUUCGCAACAGCAAGGAUAGCUGGGAUAUGUUGGGUGUCAAACCAGGAGCUACAAGGGAUGAAGUAAACAAGGCCUAUCGAAAGUUGGCAGUGCUCCUCCACCCAGAUAAGUGUAUGGCUCCAGGCAGUGAGGACGCUUUCAAAGCUGUGGUCAAUGCACGAACUGCCUUGCUCAAAAACAUCAAGUAAAACACAAGAAGAUGCAGCUUGCGCCAAUAGCAAGUGAUAUAGCUACUUUGAGAGAGGCAUCAAGAAUUGCUCCCUGCAAAAGACAAAGGAAGCAAGACACAGAAAUUCCCUAAAGGCAAAUUUCCUUCACCAUUUACUCUCAAAGCUGUUUUCUGUUCUACUACGAAUAGGUCAAUAUAGGGGACCUCUCUGAGGCGGACAUCCAAACCCAUCUGAAUGCCUCAGGAACAGUAACAACAGUAAUACCCUGUCCUUUCUUUUCCGCUGCAAAAAAAGUUGCCCAUAGACUGAGAUGACUCUAAAAUAUGUUACUUCUGUUUAAAUCACUUAUUUUAAUAUUGCUUAUUAUUUUCCUCAGAACCAAUGCUGAUAUUCAGCCUCUAAUGAAGCACUUAGUUGUUCCUCUUUGUCCUACACUGGAAAUUAUUUUAUCCAUAUUUUUUGAACCACUUCAUUACUAAGUGGUUAAAGAAUUCCUGGUUUUUCAAAUAAAAAUUGGAAAAAUAUAGCAUAGUAGCCAGGAUCAAAGCACUAGUAGCCACUAUGAGCUGUUGAUGGGACAGACAGUACCUCCUACAAAAUGAGUUAGGUGGUAAGUUGAUUUGAUCAUUAUUUGAGUCAUACUGUUCUAGGCAUGUUUGUGUAUACCUCCCUGGAGUUGGCAAAGAAUAUAAUCUUCACCAGAUGUGAGAUUCAAUCACACAGAAGCUUAAUUUGUCUUAAUUUGUUUUCCCUUCCU